ACAUAGUUAUUAAAUCGGACGGAACACAGUCAAGUAGUAAUUAUCUGCAAGCGCCUGUGGCCGCUACUCGUCCCAACAACUCGGGAAAAAUUUUUUUUUUUAUUUACACUUUUUCGUUAUUAUUGCUAACAACGAAAAAGAAAGUUUAUCGUACCACGUGUGUUUUCAAAACGUCCUUCGGCUUCCGUUGAAACGUCCUUGCGUUUAACUCUCAACGGGUCCAAGUUUAACAAGUGUUAUUGUACAUAUAUAUGUAUAUAUAUUUAUUUAUAUACAUAUAUACUUAUAUUUAGUGGGUGUGUGGUAACAAUAAUUUGAUUACCAACAGACACGAAGAAUCAUCAAGUGAAUAAUCAGAUGUCAGGCGUUUUAUCAAGCAAAAAAAGGACUACUUACAACAAUCAAGAGGAAAAGUGUGAAGUGAUGCCACCGAGCAUGUAUUAUCCACAGAACAUGUCAAUGAUGACACCAGUGACACCAAUGACAGCUGGUAUGUCAACUUCAAUGUCAAGCUUCCACUCCUACCCCUCAACUAGCUACGACACACAUCAUUACCAGCAUGAACCAAUUCAUGCAACCUAUCAAUCACCCAAUCUCUGGAGUCCAGAGUAUUAUUCCGGAUACAGCACAUUUUCGGAGCCUACACCAUCGACGUCGUACAAUCUUCCAUCCACUCUUGGUCCAUCAACGUCAACAGCAGCGACACUUUGGCCGACGCAUCAACCUGACUACUCAGCAGUACAACCGCAAUUGACAGCAAUGCAACCGAUGCCUGCUUUCCGACAGUCUCCAACUUUAUCAGAGUUGUCUCAAAAUUCGUACGAGCAACUGAGUCCUCAGUACUGGUCCAGCGAAGAAGAGUCGAAGCGCAAGAAAAAGUUGACCAGAUGCCAGUGUCCCAGUUGCAUCCCCGAUGGCAAUUGCAAACUCGAUAGCGAUGGCAAGAAAUUGCACACUUGCCACUACCCAGGUUGUCAAAAAAAAUACGGAAAGACUUCGCAUUUGAAAGCUCACCACCGCUGGCACACUGGAGAGCGCCCGUUCAAGUGCGAUUGGUAUGGAUGUGGAAAAUGCUUCACCCGGAGUGAUGAGCUUCAGCGACACUUUAGGACUCACACCGGGGAUAAACGUUUUUUUUGUCAACAGUGCCCCAAACGCUUUAUGCGCAGUGAUCACUUGAAGAAACACAUUAAAACCCACGAGAAUCAGAAGAAAAAAGCCAAGAAACAGAACAAGGAAAACAAGUCUUCUACCGUAACUCAAGAGGUUAGUCAGGAGCAGCCGAUCAUGGGAGCUGCUGCUGCUGCUGCUGCUGCUGCUGGAACAAAUAUUCCUGCUCAAUAUUACUAUCAAUAAAUAAAAUUGGACUGACUAUAGAGAGGUAAUGUACCUCAUCAUUAUUGACUGAUAAGAGGUACUGUGAUAAUUUGCCUUGGGUGUAUAUAUAAUUUCAUAUUAAAAAUUAUUUUUCACUAAUUUUUGAUAUUUUAGAUAUUGUAUAAAUAAAUUGUAAAUAUUAUA